AAACGUAGGAGCAACAAUAGAGAGAGGAGAGAGGGAUCUGUAUCCACUGACAAUCUCUGGAGGAAGUUAGUGUCUCAGGCUGCGGCGCGUAACCAGCUCAGCUCCUCCCGGACACACUCGCUUCAUCUCGGGGAGGAAUGGUCGCUCUGCUCGGAUUUAAAGUCGUCUGCUUCUAGUCACACUUUGGUUUCUGCUGCACGCCACUUCUGGGACAGUUUCAAUCCGAUUUUUUUGUUUUCUUACUAGAAAUCAAUGAGUUCACCUGCAGCCCAGAGAUGUUGAGCCUCGCGGAGCAGAUGUGAUCAGCUCAGCAGCACUUCCACCGAAACAGAUCGUUCGCUAAACGCCGUUUUCUUCUUUAAAGUUUUAGUUCUGUCAGCGAGGAACGCGGAAAUGGAUCUGAGACCGGAGCUCCCCACCGUCUCCUCGGCCUCUCAAGUCCACCCCGGAGCGGCAGCAGCGGCCGCGGCAGCCUCCAUCCCGGUGUCCAUGGCCGGGAACCUGCUGCGCGGCCCUCCGCUCAUCCUGCGCGCCGCGGACAAGUACCCGCGCACUCCCAAGUGUGCGCGCUGCAGGAACCACGGCGUGGUGUCCGCGCUGAAGGGCCACAAGCGCUACUGCCGCUGGAAGGACUGUAUGUGCGCAAAGUGCACCCUGAUCGCGGAGAGGCAGCGGGUGAUGGCGGCCCAGGUGGCGCUGAGGCGGCAGCAGGCGCAGGAGGAGAACGAAGCCCGGGAGCUGCAGCUGCUGUACGGCACCGCGGAGGGGCUGGCCCUGGCCGCCGCCAACGGAAUCAUCCCGCCGCGUCCCAACUACGAGGUGUUCGGUUCCGUCAACAGCGAGAGCAACUCAGAUUCAAGCAUCCAGAAGUAUGAUCUGUUUCCAAAGAGCCAGCUGUCCGGCUCCGCCACCCCGCAGCAGUCCGCGGGCAAACCGGCGUCCACCGAGAGUGACUCCGCUCCGGGCAUCUCCUCCCCGGACGGCAGGCACGGAGGCUCGGGCUCUGAGAACGGAGACAGCGAGUCGUUCAUCAGCUCUCCGGUGUCGAAGCCGUUAAAGGACGGAGAGGAGACUCCCGGCUCCGUCAGCUCCCUCGGCUCGGACUCCGGCUCCGAGACCGACAAAGACGAGCAGGAGCCGUCUCCUUCCUCCGCGGCCUCCCGCCACAUGAACGCCAUCGACAUCCUGACCCGAGUGUUUCCGAGCCACAAGCGCAGCGUGCUGGAGCUCGUCCUGCAGGGCUGCGGCAAAGACGUGGUUCAGGCCAUCGAGCAGAUCCUCAACAACAGCGGCGCUCAGGGCGCCAGCAAGGCCGGGCCGGAGGAGACGUGGACGGCGGAGAGGAUGCUCCAAAACGCGCAGCAGCCUCCUCCGUCCUCCGCCACCACCACCGCCCCGACUAGGCCCAUGCUGCCCGGAGCCAUGACGCUGAGUAACCGCUCUGCGUUCUCCCCCCUGCAGCCAAACGCCCCGCACUUCGGCGCAGACCCCAGUACCUACCCCCUGGGCACCCACCUGGGACUGAACCCGCUGCGGCUGGCCUACUCAGCGCACAGCCGGGGACUGGCUUUCAUGACGCCCUACUCCACCACCGGCCUGAUGCCCACCCUGGGCUUCAGACCCCCGAUGGACUACGCGUUUAGCGACCUGAUAAGGGACAGGACGAUGUUGCACAAGGAGCAGGGCUACGCCAGCGGCCUGUACGGGCCUCUGGUGAACAACACGCCGGACAAACAGUGAGGCGGGCCGGCUGCGCACAGAGACACAUUCCAUUGUAUUUGUAGCCACAAGUGUUGAAAAUCUGUGACGUGUUUUGGCUACAAGCUGCUGUACAUAAUAGGAUUAUCUGGCUUGUAGUCAAAUGGUCUGAGAGGGGAAAAAAAGCUAAACUCACUGAUGUGUAAUUUUCAAAAAUAAUUUUAUAUGUUAGGCUGCAAAAAAGUUUGGAUGACACCCCCCAUGUAUCAAUAAAAUAACCGAAAUUUAUUUAUAGAAUCCAGAAAUAAAUCACCAUCAAUCUGGGGAAAUAAAAAAUGAAACCCAGAAAAAAGGAUAAAAACUACACACAUGAUUUUAUGACAGAUUUCUGUCAAAUCUGUUGCCAAGAAAUUAUUUAUCAGAGGGGUUUGACUGUUUAAAGCCCUUUAAAUUUUGCAGCUGGUUGGUAAAUCCCUUUUCUUCUCUCUCUCUCUCACACACACACACGGGAUAUUAAACACAGAAAAUUAAGUUAUUAAAUAAAACAUGUAGCUUCUAAGGAUGUUAACCUCAUUCCCUGCUGUAAAAGUUGAACUAAUGAUGUGUAAAUGCCAUUCAUUUUUUCCUUAUGUAUUUUUUCCAGUUAUCUCACUCUUUUUUUUAGUUUUUUUCCAGCUUGCCUGUAUUAUAUAUUGCAUUUGGUAAUAUGAAAUGCUAUGCUCUAUUUGACUUUUCAUUUAUCCGUUAGUCAGCUCCAAUAUUUUGUGACAACGUGCUGGAUCGAGUCAGUUCCUCUUCAAAUGUUACAAGCUGUGCUGUCACAUUGUAUGAAUAUGCUGAAAAUAAAUGUUAUUUUAAAGAAAACGGUGGAAACCCA